UGUGUAGGACGGCGUUGUGGAGAGCCAGGGAUUUUAGCGCGGGCACCAGUCGGUGUUUGACUUGAUCCUUAUGUUCCUCUCAUAGCGUCAAAGGAGCACCCGAAACGACGAAAGCUCACACUUCUCUUGCCAAAUAUUGUUGACAGGCACCAUGACUGACAGGAAGGCUGUGAUCAAGAACGCUGACAUGUCUGAAGACAUGCAGCAGGAUGCAGUGGACUGUGCCACACAGGCCAUGGAGAAAUACAACAUAGAGAAGGACAUUGCCGCAUUCAUCAAAAAGGAGUUCGAUAAGAAAUACAAUCCUACGUGGCAUUGCAUUGUGGGAAGGAACUUCGGCAGCUAUGUGACCCAUGAGACAAAACACUUCAUCUACUUCUACUUGGGCCAGGUGGCUAUUCUCCUCUUCAAGUCUGGCUGAGUCCAGACCAAACCAGACCGUAGAAUGUAUCUCCAAUGAAGACUGUGAUGCACUGGUGGCUGAUGUCAUCUACGAAUAUUAAACGAGACCAUACCAUGACUAUGCUGGCUGUGCACAACUGCAUGGAUCAUAUCCUGUACUAUUUGUGUACCUGUUGCACUUCACUUGCUUUUCAUUAGAGGCCCCAAGUUUUUGUUAACGGUCCUUGCAGGUUUUUCCUAGCACAUGUUGUAAAAAAAAACGAAAAAGUAUAAUAAAGGAAGUCAGAAAAUGUGUAUUGACCAGCACAUGUCUGCUAUAAAUGGAUAUUUUUUUUGGUGACUUAGUGCUGUAAUACAUUGAAUGCCAUGCGCUGUAUGUCAUGUUGGGGUGAUGGAUGGAAGAACAUUUGGGUGUGGGGUUUGAUUUGAAGCAUUCUGUUGUUACAGAAAGAAUGUUUUUGUCUGAUUACCUCUGCAGUAAAUGUAUAUUUUCUUUUCAUUUGAUGCUUGAGAGGUAUUGCGUUUAAGAGAACCCAUACUGACUAUGUGAAAUUUCCGUCUGAAUAUACAGUGGACUAAAUGUAAAUGAGAUGCACAUAUAAUAAAGUUUAAAAGCGA